UCUUCGGACCUUAAGGAGAACAUGCAUUCGUCUUGGACUGUUUGAAAUUCUUAGUUUGGGGUCCCCGCUCGCUCGCUUUUUCCGCCCCGCGGAUUUUCUGAGGGUUUUUUUUUUUUCCUCUCUCUCUCUUUUUUUUUUUUUUUUCAUUUUCUCCCCUCGAGGCUCUUUUGUAAACCUCCCCCCCCCACCUUUAUGUUCGCCCAGCCCUCCACCCGCUCCUGAGUAGUGGGGGAGGGUUUAGGCCUCCAGGUUCCCGCCCCACCGGGGCCCGGGCGAACAUGGGGGGCAAGCAGAGCACGGCGGCCCGCUCUCGGGGCCCCUUCCCGGGGGUCUCUACCGAUGACAGCGCCGUGCCCCCGCCGGGAGGAGCGCCCCACUUUGGGCACUACCGGACGGGCGGCGGAGCUAUGGGGCUGCGCAGCCGCUCGGUCAGCUCGGUGGCGGGCAUGGGCAUGGACCCCAGCACGGCCGGAGGGGUGCCCUUUGGCCUCUACACCCCCGCUUCCCGCGGGACCGGCGACUCGGAGAGGGCGCCGGGCGGCGGAGGGUCCACGUCGGACUCCACCUAUGCUCACGGCAAUGGUUACCAGGAGACAGGCGGCGGUCACCAUAGAGACGGGAUGCUGUACCUGGGCUCCCGAGCCUCGCUGGCGGAUGCUCUACCUCUGCACAUCGCACCCAGGUGGUUCAGCUCGCACAGUGGUUUCAAGUGCCCCAUUUGCUCCAAGUCUGUGGCUUCCGAUGAGAUGGAAAUGCACUUUAUAAUGUGUCUGAGCAAACCUCGCCUCUCCUACAAUGAUGACGUGCUGACUAAAGAUGCGGGGGAGUGUGUGAUCUGUCUGGAGGAGCUGCUUCAGGGGGACACGAUAGCCAGGCUGCCUUGCCUGUGCAUCUAUCACAAAAGCUGCAUAGACUCCUGGUUUGAAGUGAACAGAUCUUGUCCAGAGCACCCUGCUGACUGACCCUGCUGGGCUGGCUUGCUGACUCCUCUCAAAGGUGAGCCCAUAGUUGGUGGGGGCUCUGGGCUUACAGGGUCAAGUUUCUGGGAGUUGGGGGAGAGGGGGAAGGCUGCCUGAUACACACCCCUCCCAGGAGAAAGCAGAAGCAGAGAGAAGGACAGGAACCAUGUCCUCAGUGAGCAGUUCCCAGGGUGUGGAGGGAUUUUCCUGGGGAAACAGAGGGACAGUAGCAUGCUCCUGAAGAACUCAGUGCAAAGGUAGAAUCACAUUCCUUGCCCUGAGAAAGGCAGAUCCCCUGCAGAGUGCAUGGGCUGAAGCGGAUGAGCCCCCAGCCGGGCUCUGCAGCUGUCUCUUUACAGCAGCUGCCUCAUCCUUGCUCACCUCUCGGCUCCGUAGGCUCCAUUUCUCUAGAAAUGGAGGACUCACUAAACAGAGACCUGUGGAACGUUCAGUGUCCACUACAAAGUGCUUGUCUGAGCUCCUUUCCCUGCUGGUUCUCCCCCUGCUGGCCACCUUACCCCACUUCUAGAGGAAUCUGAGGGCUCCAGGCCAUACUCAGCCCUCUGUCCACAGCACAAUGUCACAGUAACAGCAGGCCAGCAUGACAACUCCCUCCCACACAUGCACAUGUAUCUCCAGUGUGAGUGUUCCAUUUCCUCCCCAGGGUGCCUUGUUUAACUGCUAACCCCCUCUCCUAGUCUCCUAUUCCUACCCUACCUGUGCUUUCUGAGGCCUGUGCUGGCAUAUUCUCUCUCUCUCUCUCUCUCUCUCUCUCUCUCUCUCUCUCUCUCUCUCUCUCUCUCUCUCUCUCUCUCUCUCUUUCUCUCUUUCUCUCUCUUUCUGGCAAACAAAACAUAAGUCCCAGAAAAACCAAUAGCCCAUUUCCACUUCGUCUUACAUCCAAAGGUUUGGGGGGAAUUUCUUUUCUUCUCUUUCUCUCUUUCGUUCUGUUUUCUUUUGUUAGGUUUAUUUUAUUUAUUCCAAGUAAAUGCCCAGACCAGCUGACGGUGUCAGGCAAACCAGGGACUUUUGCUCUUUUUACCUUCACCUCAAACUCUGAUGACAAGGGGAGAAGACAGAGCAAGGGUGAGAGUGAGGCAGGGGAUUGGACCCUGGCUUCAGGAUGCAGGUCCAAAUUGCCGGCAUGAUGUUUGGCUUCCGGGGGUCGGCCUGGACUGAACCAGACACCCCGGCCGACCAGCCUGCCCUCGGGGACACGCUGCGCUGCUGCCACCGCCGUGAGAUGCAGCAGCAGUUCCCGGCCGGAUGGAGCACGACUGACUUCUUCCGACCCACACAGGGACAGACAGCCCUGGUCCUGGGAGGAGGCUCCUCGGACACUGGACAGAGCUGAGCUUGGGACACCAGAGGGAACAGGGCACCCCUUCUGCACUGACUUCCAGAACAUGGUCCUCCCUCCUCCCUGAGGACACCCAACUGAUUGAGAGCGAGUCUGAGAGAAGAAUGAAUUGACCUCUAUCCUUCCCCUCACCUUCAACCCAAGAGGGAAAGGGCAUUUUCUUUUUCACCUUUGAAAGGCGUUGUGGGUCUGUCUUUAAAGUGUUUACAACAACAAAAAAAUUAUAUAAAAAAAAAGUCUAGUGUCGACUGGUGUUUUCCCUCGUGAUGUUUACAGAUUGCUGUUUGCUGCCCAGCUAAAACCCACUCAGUGACAGAACCAAGCAUAGCCAUGUCUUCCCCGCUAGCACUCUGACAGCGGGCGGGCGGGCACACGGGCACACGGUCACUUCCUUUGCCCAACGCCCCAGUUGGCUCUCUGUAUCACCAACCUUUCUACUUUGGGGGAUUUGUUUUUUGUUUUCUUGUUUUUCUGUCCCAUCUUUCUGGCUUGGUUUUGCACUUUUCUCCCUUAGUACCCUGAUACCUUGAUUUCCUUGCCAAAAAUGAAAAGGGAAGACGCAGAAGAGCCCAUGGAGGACACUUCCCCCACUCCGUUCCCAUGUCUUCCCUGCCUUCCUCCUGGAUCUGGUCCAAUCAGAGGAUUUAACAAUCACAAAUACACUGAAAAAAAUGCCUGGACAGUUUUCUUAGGCCCUUGUGGUUUUGUUGGGUUUUGUUUUUUUCUGAGAAAACUUAGACUAACUAAAGGAACAUGUACUGCUACCCCUGUUUUCAGGCACACUGAGAACAUUUUAGCCAUUGAUGUUCACACGUGGCAUCAGCCCAUGCAGGAUAGGUUUCUGUAUUUAUAUAUUAAAAUACAAAAAAAAAAAACUCACAAAAUGUUUUAAAAAUGUUCAAAGCUCGGGAGAAAAGCUUUUCUUCAUCAGUCAAGGUGUUUUGAUAUGGUAUUAAAAUAAUGUCUAAUAAAAGAUGCACCGUGUGAUCUUAUUUUAAUGAAGUGUUGUUACACAGUCAAGAAGUGGAGGGCAAAGGCCAGUUCCCUCUGUCCACCUCCCCAGCCCAGCACUCCUGGGCAGAGGCUGGGCAAUGGUGGCUCAGGUGUGUCUUUCAAGUUUAUGAAUUCUUAAGCAUCAUGGAGUAAUUGUCAGUCUGCUGUCAUUGCUGGUUGUGAUGGAAUGUUUCUGGGAAGAUAUUCAGGGGCAAAGAACUUGCGGUCAUCAGGUGCUGCAAGGAUGUGGGCACCUCCAGCUCCCAGCCCAGCCCGUCUCUCACAGCCUCUGCUCCCCAUCCUGCAUUCUGCUUGCCUGAUGCUCCAUCACAGCUCAGUGCUGACUCAUAGGCCUGCUUCACUGAGGCCCAGAAAGAGGCCCUGGUUUGGAGCUGUGCCAACUCACAGUCCCUGAACCAGAACCAGCCACUCGGUCUCAUAAAAGUUGGCAAAUUGCAGGCUGGGCAGGAAACUCAGGGCAGGGGGCGGCAGUGCAUGCCAGCCCCAUCUCCUAGCCAGGCUCCAGGAGUUGCAUUUCAGAGCCUCCUGCAAAGCCAGCUAAGGAGAGCUCUGGAGGGAGAUGGCUACAUAUCUCUGCCAUGACCGUUUCCAGGCCUGCCCCUUGUACUGCUGCCUCAGGGCCCAGUCCCAACAGGCCCUCAAGUUUGGACUGGGCUACCAUUCUUGCUCUAAGGUCACUUUUCCUCAGAUGCUUCCUGAAGCAACUACUCUGUGCACGGACAUUUGUUGGAGGCCAGUGGACACGUGUGAGCCGAGGCAGGCAGGCGAGCUCAGAGAACUGAGUGCUUUAGAGCCCGAGUGUUGAGACCUUGGGACCUGCACUGGGAGCACUGUUAAUACCAGAACUGGAAUGUCUGUACUGGGGCACUUUACUCCCUGGCAGAAUGGUGAGGAAAUAGCUCCGUCUGAACUUGACUCCUUGCAUGUGAAGUGGGGACAGUCUUGCAGCUCUGUUGAGUGGGGGUCAGGGGUCAGCCCCAAAGGCCUGGCACACACGCACAGGCUUUCCUGUCACUUUGUCACUGCAAAGGGCACUGUUCUAUUCCCAGCACCUCCAGCUUCUGCCUGGCAACUGUGUCUCCCUGUUCUAUAUAUAAUCCUACCAGCAGAGCUGGCGGGCCAGGGCCCAGCCCUGAAAGACAUCUCCUUGCCUGACCCCUGGGCCUGGAGACAGGCUGUGUGUGCCCACCUUGGCUGUGUGAACCCGGCUGCUUUGGCAGCGCUGUGGCUGAGUCCGGCAGUUGAGUUGGUUGGGCCAACGCUGGGCCCCACACCGGGUGCUAUUCUCGGCUCUCCAGGCGGUGCUCAUCUCAUCCCCAGUGACUUCCGCCCCCACCCGGCACACCAAAGCCCUCUGUCGGCUGUCAUGUCCUCUGAAUUUGGACCCAGAUUGCCAGUGCCUGGUGUGAGGGUGGAAUAGGCUUGUCUGGGCUUCCCAGGUGGCACUUGGGUCUGUCACCUGCCAUCCAGACAACUCUCCAGAGUCCUAUGUUGCUCCUGCUCUGCCUUUCUGAGAGGGAAGAAAAUCUAGAAGAGCCAAGGGAUGGGUUCUUCCCCUUUGCGCUUAGAGCUCAGAAAGCCUGAGAGCUCCGGGAGCCCCUUUUGAAAACCCCAUCUACUAGCCAUUUACUAGUAUUGAAGCUCAUAGGAGAAUGUCCUUCUUAGGAGAUAGAUGCUGAAUUAUAUAGUUGAGUGAUUUCAAGAAAUGUAUAAUCUAACCCCAUGUGGUUCCCCCCAAAAAUACACAAAGCAAAUAAGACAAAAAUGUCCAUUGUUGAAUCUUCAACGACUGAUAUUUCAGUGAAUAGUGUACUUGUUCUUUCAACUUUUCUGUAUGUUUCGAAGUUUCUUUAAUAAAAGAAAUUGUGGGGAAA